AUGAGUGAUCUCGAAGCAAUGGAGUCUGAGUCUCCCAACAUCCCUGCUCCAAGAGGUACACACCCUUCUCAUCUCAUGACAACAUCUCUAACUGAUACAGAUAUCCAACUCCCCUCCGACGUUCCAUCCCUCGAUCAAAUCCUCUCAGCAGACGACUUUGCGCUCGCUGCUCAAAAAGCUCUUACGCCAAAGGCAUGGGCUUUUUACUCUUCUGCCGCCACGGAUCUUGUGACGGUUACAAAAAAUCGCGAACUCAUCCGUAGAGUCAUGCUUCGACCCAGAAUUCUAAGAAAUGUUUCACAAGUCAAUAUUAGUCGCAAGAUUCUAGGGAUGCAGAGUAAAGCGCCUUUUAUUAUGUGUCCUGCUGCUAUGGCGACGCUGGCGCAUCCGGAUGGUGAACUUGGUUGGAGUAGAGCUGCUGCCAGUGAAGGCAUCUUUGAGAUUAUCUCUAGUAACGCCUCUUAUUCCCUCCCAAACAUCAUCGGCGCCGCUCCCAAAGGCCAUCCCUUCUUCCUCCAACUCUACGUCAAUUCGAACCGGCCGAAAACCGUACAACUCCUGAACCGCGCUCGCUCCCUCGGCAUUAAAGCAAUUUUCGUCACCGUCGAUGCCCCAGUACCCGGAAAGCGCGAAGCUGACGAGCGCGCACCACAAGCAGUCGUCAUCAAAUCUGAGAUGAGUGGUAGCGAGAGCAGCAAAGACGGCAAGGGUAGCGGUUUGGGACGGCUGAUGGGACAGUACAUCGACAAAAGCCUUUCUUGGGAGGAUCUUGAGUGGAUUAGACGAGAGAGUUCUGUGCCGAUUGUGCUAAAGGGCGUCCAGACGGUGGAGGAUGUCAAGUUGGCGGUUGAGUAUGGUGUUGAUGGCGUCAUGUUGAGUAACCAUGGAGGACGAUCGCUUGAUGGUGCGCAAGCUUCCAUUCUCAUCCUGUUGGAAGUCCGAAAACGCUUCCCUGAAGCCUUUGAUCAUCUCGAGAUCUUUAUCGACGGCGGCUUCGAACGUGGAUCAGACAUCCUCAAAGCAAUUGCACUGGGCGCUACAGCUGUUGGAAUUGCAAGGCCUUUUUUGUAUUCCUUGGUAUAUGGUCAAAAGGGUGUUGAACACCUAUCACAGAUUCUAAAGGAUGAACUCGAGACUUCAAUGAGACUUGCUGGUAUUACAAGUCUGAAUCAAGCGACGCCUGCUCUUGUGAAUUCUCUGGAUAUAGAUCAUCUCGUUACAUCUGGGCGCAUUGAACCGAGUUCAGUAUCGAGAAAAGUACGAUCUUCAAAGCUAUAA